AGGCGUAAAGCGGUGAUAACAAGAUGCUUGGGUCUUAUUUUCCCUCACUAUUUCCUCGUUAGCAGUGGGCAAUCCCUCGACCACAGUAAAUCAUGAUGGGUUUGUUGAAGCAGCAGUGUUAAAAAUGGUUGCAGAUAAGUGACCCGACGGACAGUUCUGGUUGCAGCACGAUCGAGGCAAGAUGUCGUUUGAAUAUACGGAAAUAACCGAUCCCCUGUACGUGGACAAUAAAGAACAAACCGGAGAGGACGAUUACAUUAUGGUACGUGCGAAAGAGUAUGGUGAUGUGCCGAUCAACAUCCCAAACUGGCAACCAGCGGCACACUGUUACACAACUAGGUUUCAUCGGCAUGAGAAAGAACUGCUCGAGAUGGAAGUGUUUCCGGACGAUGUGUGGGUCGCCUCGUAUCCGAAAAGUGGAACCACCUGGUGCCAGGAGAUGGUUUGGUUGAUCUGCAACGAUCUCAACUUUGAAGCAGCACGUGCCGAGUCGUUACGAACUCGCUUUCCUUUUGUCGAUGUAAGUUUAAUCCACGAUGCGCAGAUGAAUUCGUUCGAACGAGUGCGAAAUACGGCACGGCCUCGCUUCAUCAAGACCCAUCUGCCGGUGUCGAUGCUGCCAAAGCAGUACUGGACCGUAAAGCCAAAAACCGUGUACGUCAAGCGCAACCCAAAGUCUGUGGCCGUUUCGUACUAUCAUCACUCGCGGGGGAUCUUCUACCGUGGCACAAUGGACACCUUCGUACGAUCGUUUAUUCGCGAGCACCAGUUCUACUCCCCGUACCAUGCGCAUGUGAUCGAGUACCACGAGCUGCGUGAUUGCAACAACAUCCUGCACCUAUCGUACGAAGACAUGAAGCGUGAUCUUCCGGCGGUCGUGCGGAAGGUUUGUCAGUUUUUCGGCAAGUCCUACAGUGAGCCACAGUUGGCAGAGCUAUGCGAGCACCUUUCGUUUCGAUCAAUGCGUGAGAACAAGGCUUGCAACUACGAGGAUCAAAGCAACGUACCGCGGGAAGCUGGUGAGCGCUUUAUGCGGAAGGGAGAGCUGGCGAGCUGGAAACAGGAGCUGACCAGUGAGCAGAUCGAGAUGCUCGAUCAGUGGACAGAAGCGAACACUCCAAACAUUGAGCAUCGGAAAUUAUUUGAAUAGGAGAACGAGAAGCAAUAGUGCGGGGUAGGACGCUUUCAAAUGUUGGACUUUGAUUGAAAGUUUCGGUUGGUAAUAAACAAAAUUCUCAUACAAAG